AUGGCUUCAGUUCCAAACCCUACAAAAGACUGUUCUGUAGGAACAUUUAAUGAUCCUUUGAAUGAUCAUUUAGAAUUCCCUAAUCAAUUGACUAAUCGAGAGAACAAGAGAAAAGAAGGAACUUAUACAUUUGUAUCAAGCCGUGAACAACAAGCGUCUGGCUUUAAAAAAGACAAGAGCCGUAUUACAUUUGCGGCGUGUUCGAAUGCAGAUGGCUCGCUUAAAAUCCCUAUACUUAUUAUUGGGCGCUCUGCGAAACCCAGGGUUUUAAAAAGUCGUUCUGCUGAAACAUUACCUGUCUUUUAUACUUAUUCCAAAAGCUCGUGGAUGACCUCUGCUAUUUUUCAGAAUUGGUUUGAGACAGAGUUCGUACCUAAAGUUCAAAUAUUCUUGCGUCAAAAAGGGUUGCUGAUGAAAGCUAUUCUUUUAGUUGAUAAUUGUAAAUCACACGUAAUGUUGAGUGUUAGAGACAUUAAAACAGAAUUUUUUCCACCGAAUAUAACAUCUAUCGUACAGCCUAUGGACCAAGGAAUUCUGGAAAUAUUGAAAAGAAGGUACAGAGCCCGACUUGUAUCAACCUUUGUUGAUGCUGCGAAAAAAGGAACUGCUAUUCCUGAAUACUUAAAAAGUAUCACUUUAGAUAAUGUCGUGAAUUGGAUUAGUGAAGAUUGGAAUAAAAUGUCUUCAUCAACAAUCUAUCGGUGUUGGAGAAAAAUUUGGCCAGUCCAGAUCCGUGAUGCUGAAACACAAACUGAGUCAACAUCACAAGUCUUGACUCCGUUGUACUUGAUGGUAGAAAAUGAGUCUGAUGAAACAAUGUUGGAUAAGUUAGUAAAUACUGAUGAAGUUCUUGAAUCAUUGAGAUCUUUAGAAGAGUUUGCCAGUAUAGAAAAAGUAGCUGUCGAGUCGUGGAUGAAUAAAACCGAGAAUUGGGAUGAACUUGAUGUGGAGGAACGUGAAAAGACUGUCAACUUAGAUAUGAUGGACUUGGCUUCUAAUACUUAUAAUGAAAAUUCUAAUGUUAACACUCCAUCAGAUUUUUCAGUUGUAAGAGAUGCUCUAAAUUGCAAAAUAUGA